CCUCACCACACAAUCUUAGAAACACUAACCGAUAAGGCCUCUCUUCACCUUCUCUUGCGCUUACUUCUUCAAUCACUACUUCUGUCUAUAUUCUGAAUUUGAAACCAUAACAAAAUAUUUACAAAUAAAAAAAUGUUAUCACUAAGACCAUGUAAGAGCCAAUGUCAAUCAACAUUUCCCCCUACAAUAACCCCAUCAUCCAAGCUUCAUCAAAGACUAACCCAAACAACAAGAACACUUGACAUGAGAAGAAAGGUCAUUCGAUGUGCUAGCACUAGUCACGAGGGAGGAGGAGAAAGCAAGACCCAAAACAGACGAACUUUCCUGACUAUAGAAGAAGCUGGACUUGUCGAAAUUUCUGGCCUUAGUCCUCAUGAGCGCUUUCUUUGUCGUCUCACGAUAUCGUCCUUAAACCUGCUAAGAGUGAUAUCAGAGCAAGAAGGAUGUUCUAUCGAAGAGCUUAAUGCUGGCAAAGUAUGCGACUGGUUUGUGAAAGACAAGCUCAAAAGAGAGCAGAACCUUGACUCUGCUGUCCUUCAAUGGGACGAUUCUGAUCUUCAACUUUGAUUUUCUUUUUUUAUUAUUAUUUACAGUAAUUUUAUGUUCCACUCAGUUAAAUUGUAAGGCAUUUAUGACAUGCUAAAUUAUCAUAAUCUUAUUGAUUUUUAAUAGACUACUAAA